AACGAAAGACAUCGGGGACAGUCCAACUUUCCUCAUUGGAUCGCGAGAUAAUUCCGAGCGCGCGCAAUUAAUGCGGCGUCGGAUUUUACAAAGUGACGCGGUCACUUAAGUUCUCCCACCGACUCCACUUUACGGAUAAAACGCCUGGUGCAAAUUUCCUUUUUUUUUCUCUCUUUCCGCGACGUCAAUUGCCAGUGGUCAUUAGCGGCAAAAUCCUCCUUCUCGCACGUUUACCCACUUCCGGCAACAGUUUCGUCCUUCUCGGCUUCGGAUAAUCAACCACUCCUCUCUUUUAAUCAGCCGUUCGUAUCCGAGUGUGAUUUUUAAUUUUUAAAAAGAAGAGACGCACCGUCAUCGCGAUUCCUCUCAUUUCUUCUUUUUCAUACAAAAGCACCAUCCCGGAUGUACCUUUAAUCGUACGUCCCAUUCUUCCUUUUCGCGGCCCGUCCAUUCCCUUGGGCCGCUCUUCUACAUUCCGUUGGAGCGGAGGCCGACCAAUGGCGGCCCGCCUCGGAUCGACGGCCACGUGCUACUUUCCCCUGGUACCGAUACCGCGGGCCAGUGUCGGCCCGACUCGCCCGCAUCCUCAGUCCGCGCUCGACGGUCGGCCCGUGCGCAUCUCUUGAUGAUCGCUCUUGCGCGGCCAGGGGUCUCCUCGAAAUCCCGUUAUCGUGUGUGCCCGGUUCCGACUGUUUCGAGACUCCCCUGAUAGGCCAUUCCACUUUUGGCCGAAUGGCAAGGAGCAAGUAGUCGUGCCUGGGUCACCACCGUGAGAGGAAGGACCUCGAGAUGGAGCGACUUCGAUCGCUGAUCCUGGCGGCAGUCCUGGCGACGAUCCCGGUCACUACCAUCGGGUUCCAGUGCCAGAACGACGGGAUCUGCAACUGCCAGAUAAGCCACGACGGUGAUUACGAGCUCCACUGCAAGGCGGAGGCGAAUUCCGCGUUCGUCCUGAACAUCGACCCCGGGAAGUACGUGCAGGUCCAGUGCCACAACUCGCCGAAUUGGACGAACUUUCGAUAUCGCUCGGCAGAGCCCUUGAACAAGGCCCGGGAGAUGUACUUCAAGAUGUGCGACCUUCCCGAAGAACCCCUAGUCGAGGUGGCCCGCAAAGUCGGCGUGGAGGAUCCGGAAAUCGUGGUCUUCCGGUCGUACGGGAGCCUGAGCUCAACCCUGAAGAGCGACCAUUUGAGGGGUUUGGAGAACGCGAAGAAAGUGGUCUUAUCGAGCAACGGAUUGACAGAGCUGCCGGUCGAUUUGCUGGACCAUCUUCCAAAUUUGACCUCCCUGGACCUCAGGGAGAACAACGUGGCGAGCUUGCCUGCGGGCAUUUUUAAAAAAACCGGGAACUUACGGGUCCUCGAAGUGGGGAACAACGACAUCGAGUACCUGGCGGCCGGGACGUUCGCCGGUCUGAGGAACCUGACCCUCCUCAACCUCUGGAGAAAUCAGCUGAAGGGUCUCGAGCCAGGUUUGUUCGACGAUCUCGUCUCCCUUCGGUCUCUCGACGUCAACUCUAACCUCUUGACGAGCUUGCCGGAGGGGAUCUUCGACAACCUCGCGGACCUCAGGGUCCUGAACUUGUUCGGCAAUAAUUUCUCGAGCCUACCCGAUGGGCUGUUGCGCAAUAACACCAGGUUGACGAUGCUCAACUUGUUCAACAACCGGCGGAAUUUAACCGCCCUGCCGAGGAGGCUCCUUCAGGGCCUGGGGGAGCUGAAGGAGGCCAGGUUUUCCAGGAGCGGACUGUCCUUCUUGCACGAGGACACGUUCUGGGGCGCCGCGGCUUUGAGGAACCUCAGCUUGGAAAGCAACUUCUUGGAGAAGAUGCCGGAAUUGAUUUUCAGAGACCUGAGCGAGUUGAGGACGCUCGAUCUCAAUUACAACGAACUUCGAUUCUUGCCGGAGAGACUCUUCGUCGCGACCAACAAGCUGGAGAGGAUCAACUUGUCCAGGAAUCAUCUCAGCUCCAUUUCUGGGCCCCUCUUUUCUGGACUAACCUCCUUGCGGGUCCUGGAGAUCGAGAGGAACGACAUGAUCGAGAUCUCGGCACAGGCGUUCACUGCCCUGAGAGAAUUGCGCAUUGCGAGGUUCUCCCACAAUUCGCUCACCCUCAACUCCUCCUUGAAGCAGUUUCAGGACGAAUUUGGAACCAGAUCGCCGUUUCACUACUGCGACUCUCUCGAGGAGCUGUACCUGGCACACAAUAACAUCUCCGAGAUGUACGCUGACUGGGUAGUCAGCAGUCCCCAGCUCCGCGUACUUGACCUUCGGUACAAUCAAAUACCAUUUAUCACGACGGCGGACGUGCAGUUCGUGUCGGAGAACAUCAAGGUGGACCUGAGGUACAACAAUAUAAGUCACGUAAUCCUGACCCAAACCGAGACCCUGGCGGAAGCUCAGAAUCGUACUACUCCUCGGAACGUGGUGAUCAAGAUCGAGGAGAACCCACUUGCCUGCGACUGCUUCCUAUACGAUUUCCUGCGAUAUCUGGACGGUGAACUUCGCAACGCCCAGGCACUGUUUUCCAUAGAUCCUGGAAACUUGACGUGCAAAAGCCCGCGGUGGUUAGAAGGGAUGCCCCUGAAGAGGUUGCACUGGCAUACGCUUAAGUGCGCGGUAAAGGGACCAGAAUUCGGUGGCUACUGUCCAAAGGGCUGCGAGUGCUGGAUACGACCUUAUCGCACGAGGUAUCUGGUCGAUUGUUCUUUCGUGAACCUUAGGCAACCACCGGAGAGGAUCGGUCCGCCUAAAAAUUACAACAUCGAGCUCAACCUCACGGGGAACUUUUUGAAAGAGACCCCCUCCAUGGAUCUUCCCGGAUACGAACAAGUUGCGGUAUUAUCGCUGUCGCAUAACAACAUCUCGAGGAUACCCUUGGAGACUCUCCCGACGACCCUCGAGGUGUUGGAGUUGCACAAUAACAAUCUGACCAGGGUGGACGGGAGAUUCCUGGAGGCAUUGAGGAACUCCUCCUUGAAGAAGCUAACGUUGGACAAGAAUCCAUGGAGGUGCGACUGCGAAGCCCGCGACUUCCUGAACUUCAUCCAGGCGAAAUUCACCGAACUCCCGGAGCUGCUGAAAAUCAGCUGCGGGGGCGAGAACGUGCCGAUGUCGGAGAUGACGAUAAACGAGCUUUGUCCAGCGGCGACGGGAGUUGUUCUCGGUAUUAGCCUAACCGUAGCCUUGACGGGUCUGAUAGUCGGAGUCCUGGCUGCCUUGUACUACCGCUAUCAGCGGGAGGUCAAGGUCUGGCUCUACGCCCAUCAGCUGUUCCUCUGGUUCGUCACCGAAGACGAGCUCGACAAGGACAAGCGGUACGACGCGUUCAUCAGCUACUCCCAUAAGGACGAAGACUUCGUGGUGAACGAGUUGGUUUCGAGGCUGGAGGACGGUCCCAGACCUUUCAAGCUGUGCCUGCACUUCCGCGAUUGGCUGGCAGGAGAGUGGAUACCGACGCAAAUUGCGAGGUCCGUCGACGAUUCGAGACGCACCGUCGUGGUCCUCUCGCCGAAUUUCCUCGAAAGCGUCUGGGGGAGGAUGGAGUUCAGGGCGGCUCAUAGUCAGGCGUUGAGCGAGGGCAGAGCCAGGGUCAUCGUCGUUCUCUAUGGAGAUAUCGGACCCACGGAAAACCUGGACCCCGAGCUGAAGGCCUAUCUCAGCAUGAACACUUAUGUCAAGUGGGGGGACCCUUGGUUUUGGGAUAAACUACGUUACGCCCUGCCGCAUCCGCCAGAGCUCACCAAGAAACGCAGCCGGGGGAGGAUCUUCGAAAAGCAGAGACCCCACGAGGUGAACGUCGAGAAGAAAGACCUGGUUGGCCCUCAGAAUGCUCCGACGACCCCGCCGGCUCAAACUACGCCACCGGCCGACUCGAUAAAGAGUUUAUUCGCCGACGGGAAUCUCAAGAACGGAUGCAUCCUCAUCGAAUCCUACCGGAAGGAGAAUCCGUCCUUAAAUGGCGGCGUUGAUUAUAACAAGCCGAAGGUCGAUGAUCAGGCGUUGAAAAUUUUGCCACGGAUCAACAAGAUGCAGUGCACCACGGUGUGAUGGGUGAAUGCGAUAUCCUGAAGAUGGAAUAACCUGAAAGGAUCAGGAUUAAUGACUAGGAAGUACGAGACCCGAAAUACAUACCAUACGAAAGCAGAAAUUAAUAACGUCGCGCGUAUCAUGACAUACGAGAAAUAAUCGGCUGACGUACAAUUUUCACUGUAUAUUUUUUACGAUCCGGAGGGAGGAGCGGGCAUUUAAUAUGAAGACCGACAACGAUCUUGGAUCAAGAUUGUUUAUCACUGAUCGAGCAGCCUACCCAGAUGCCAAAUGCUUGGAGUGAACUUUACGGUAGAAGAGGACUUAUGUUUCAAUUAGAAGUGCCACUUAAGAAGGUAUGUAGUAACGUUAAUUUUAACAAACCAAAGAGAAUAAGGAGUUAACGUCGGAACUGCGUUGUAACGAAAAUGGAAAUAUGGAUUUACAUUUUACACGUAUUAAAGGUACGCGGGUGCACUUAGUGAUUCAAAGUGCGUUGACGUUAACUUAGGAGAAAUACUCGUUCCAUUUUACCAUCUUUGAGAUAGUAGAAUUCAGAAAAUGCCUGAUCGAGGCAGCCGUAAGGUCUUGACGUUUCCUAUCGAGGACAAACUUGUAAAUAACCGUUAUAAGACUGAAAACUUUGCAACGAGAUGCUCAUGUAAAUUCAAUGCUGUAAUCGAUGUUCAUUUUGAAAUUAUUUUUAAUACUUUAUGAUUAAUAUUAGAAUUAAUUUGUUAAGAAAUUGUGUUUUGUGCCGUUUCAAAGUGUCAUCAAUUUAAGUGCAUUGUUUUUAUACUUUCUAUGUAAAGUUAAAAUCAUAUACGUCAUGUUUUGUAUAAAUUUAAGUAUACUUUUAGAACAUUUAAUUGAUGAAUAGUUCAUUUAUUUUAUAAAUACCCUAGAAUCAUUUUCAUUGUGCACAUCCUAGUGAUUGCUUUGCAAGCAAUAGAUUUAAUAUUUUGCUAACUUCGAUGGAAAUCGAAUUCUCAUUUAAUAAACUAUUGAAAA